UUAACCCAUGAAAAACAAUUACAGUUCUUGAAACCAUUCAAUAAUGGCGUUCAAGAAAACACUACCGGAGCGCAUUUUUAGUGCAUAUAAAUUCACUGCUCCAUCCUCAACAACUUGUCGUAUUGCUUCCUCAUCCAUGUUGGCAAAAUCCCCGGUUUCUCCUAAUCCUGAAAAAAAUAUAACCCGGGAUGCCGGAGACAGUGGUUUAUUCCGGCGAUUCCUCCACCAAUCACUGGCAUCCUCUCCGGAACUCCGGUCACUACCCACCGGAGAAAAGCUUCGUGAAAAGCUACGGGGGAUGGACAUUACAAGAGAUAGAAUCAGACUUAACGGACUCGUGCCGCCAACACAACGUUGGCCGGAGUUGGAGCAAUUAGGAGUGAUGGAUGCAAGAAAGCUAUUAAGGUUAUCACAGCUUGAGAUGGUGAAAGCAAGGUUAAGGAAAAUUAAUAAGAACUGGAUUUUGUGCUCGGAAUUUCAUCAAAUCUGUAACGAAACCUGUUCGGACGUUGAUCAAGGCUUAGAAUUUGCUAAGAUGUUGGACGAGUCGGGAGAUGUGAUUGUUUUGGGGAACGUAGUUUUUCUCCGGCCUGACCAGGAAAGUGAAAGAGAGUCACUCCAGAUCUCUAAAUUCAGAUGGUGACUUUUUAAAGGUGUGGAUCAGUUGGGCCGUUUUGAAAGACGAAAAAUACCCUCUUGAACAUCUCAGAUUUAAUUAAUAAUAUUAUUUCCAAAUAGACAAAAUUAGGAAAAACAUGAACUUGGGAUUUUUUUUUCGGUCGAUGAGAAAGAGAGAUUAAUGGAAGAGAUCCGAGUUUUGUGGAGUCCAAAGCUAGCAAAUCCCACACUAUAAACAAAGAUAAAGACUAUUCCCUCUUCUUGGAUAAAGAGUAACUGAAGUACCAACAAACUUUAGGCCGUAAGUUUGAUAUCUUCGUUUGUCUAAAUAGGCAGAUCAUCAUCCUGGUAAAAACUUCUAUAUACACUACUUCCGUUUCAGUUUAUAUGAACCUAUUUCCUUUUUGAUCCGUUUCAAAAAGAAUAAUCCCUUUCUAAAUUUGGAAACAAUUUUGCUUAACUUACAAUUCUAACUUUAAUGAGAAAUUUUUAUAAUAACACAAAUACUCUAGGCCCCUUUUUGAAUUGUUUAGGACCACAAAUUUCAAAAAUCUUCAUUUUUUCUUAAACUCCGUGCCCAAUUAAACAGGUUUAUAUAAAUUUGAAUGGAGGGAGUAACAAUUUAAAUAAACGUAUUUAUUUAUAUUAAGUGAAAUUAGUAAUAUCAAAAAAUAAGGCAAGUAACCGAUUACAACAUAUUGAAUACAUUGAUGAUAAGGUAAACUUCUUUUUAUUGUCGGUACAAAGGCAAAUAUCAAAAACUUUUACUCAAUGGGUUCCAUUUAUGUUCUUAUCACUAAACCUAUCCAUCUUACUCUUAAAAUUAUGGAUUUAGAAUCUAAUAUAUCUCAAUUUUAGUGAUUUUCUUACAUAGGUAUAUGUAGGCUUCAUGUUAAAAAUACUGAGUUCGUUAGGAAUGUGAGGUGGAUGUAGUUGCGGAGCUAGAGAAGUAAAUGCGGUUUCGGACGAAGCUAGUAACUUUUGCUUAAAUCUUGUAUUUAUAUUAAAAUAUUCACAAAAUAUGUAUAAACAUUUAAUUGUGAACCUAGUAACUAAAACGAAUAAUGGGUUAAGUGACAAAUUCAGAACCCAUAAAUUUUAAAUCCUGGCUCCGCAUGGUGGAUGUAGUGUUAGUGUAAAGUCUUUUGUCCUUGUUUUUUGG